AUGGCGACAAUCGAGCUGGAUGUUCCGGCGGCAAAUGAGGGUAGAUACGUAGGCGAGCUCCUAUUCUUUGCCGUGGAUUAUCAUAUUGGAUUUGUCAAGCCAUCGGAAGCGUUGGAUCUGUCUCGUGACCGGCAGGGAUUAGUGCUGUUGCUCGUCGCUGUGGCGGUGGCUAGCGACCGGCUGUACUGCUCUACGGCUGCUUGUUGGUGCCCAAAGCGUCAAUGGCGGGGUGAUUCCCAGUUACCCCUCACUCAUUCUUUGACUCUCACCGCAGCCCCUCUUCCAUCUAUGAGAGACACUUGCCAACCGCGUCUGGCCGCCAUUAGCGCUAGCUCAGGUGACAUCACUACUCUUGCUCUUUGUGAGAUAUGGAUGGAUGCAUUGCUCGCGGUGGAGUAUCUAUCGGCCGAUAACACAUCUAAGAAUCUCUCUGCUGCAUACCUGGUAUCUGGAGAUAAGAUCGGAGGAACCCCGCAGUCUGUCAUCGCCAAUUAA